AUGGAGUCGACUACUUUGAAUGGAAGGAUGACCCGAUGGCAAAUUCUCCUUUCCGAAUUUGAUAUAAUCUAUGUGAAUCAGGAAGCUGUAAAAGAGAGUGCAAUAGCAGAUUUUCUAGCCAGUAGAGCUUUAGAGGAUUACGAGCCCUUAAACUUUGAUUUCCCAAACGAAGAUCUAAUGUAUGUUGUCACCACUGAAGAAGACUCUCAAGAAAGCCAUCCUUGGAAAUUAAACUUUGACGGAGCCUCAAAUGCUGUGGGUAACGAAAUUUGGGCAGUCUUGGUAUCCCCAAAUGGAGAUCAUAAUCCCUUUACUAGUAAAUUGGAUUUUGAUUGUGAAUGGGAGACAAGAGAACCCAAGUUGAUCGAUUAUCGAAGGUUGGUCCUUGAAUUAAUUAAAAAUUUUGAUGAAAUCACCUUCUGCUACCUCCUGCGAGAAGAAAAUCAGAUGGCUGACGCCCUAGCAAUUUUAGCUUCCAUGGUCAAUGUGAACAAACAAGAGGAUGUGAAACCUAUCCAGGUAAGUAUUUAUGAAGCUCCAGCUCAUUGUCACAACAUCGAAGAAGAAGAAGAAGAAAAGGAUGAUUACCCUUGGUACCAUGACAUAUUGCAAUAUGUGAAAAAUCGUGAAUAUCCUAACCAAGCAACUAAGAAUGAUAAAAGAACGUUAAGAAGGCUAGCCAGUGAUUACGUCUUAGAUGGGGAGAUCCUAUACAAAAGAAGAAAAUAUCAGGAAAAUCAUGAGAUUCGGGUAUUCUUGGUCCACAAUGGAAGGGGAUUGCAUCAGUCAAGUGCCAUAAGUGCCAAAUUUAUGGGGACAAGAUACAUGUGCCCCCUUCACCUCUUCAUGUUAUGA